CGGGAGACCAAGAGCAUUUCCCGCUAGCCUUGUGUCGCCUUCUGCCGGGGCCAGAUGUGUUGCUGUGAGGGAAAUGGGAAGGCAGGCGCAGAAGCCUUGGGGCUAUAGGUUCAGGGCGCUUCUCGCUGGCCGUGGCUUUGCGUGGGAAGCUGUGUCCCCGAGGUCUUUAUUUGUUUCCUGGGCAGCAAAACGGGCAAAAGUCUGCUCGUCGAGGCAACUCAUGAGGCCCUCCAGCAAGGGGCUGCUUGGAAAAGCCGUGAGCUCACUUCGGGCAGCCUAGCGUUUUCCUGGCGGGGACUUCCCGCAAAUCUCUGCCUCCCACCGGCAGCUUGCUUUGGAAUCCGUCCCAGGCAAGGGCUGGGAAAGUAAACAGCAAGGGCGGCUUCUGUGCUGCCUGUUAGAGAAAUCGGAGCGAGUGUGCCUCUAUGCUAAGCCUGGGAUUGGCAAUGUUUAUGUUUCCUAUCCUAUACUCACACCUGCUUUUGCCCAACAUCAUCACAGUGGAAAAUGGUGUAAAUGGAAAUAACCUGAAAGAUGAGGCCUCAACAACAAUGGCUACAGAGAAACAGACAAAUUAACAUGAACCAUUAUGCUAAUAAGAAGAGUGCAGCAGAGAGUAUGUUGGACGUUGCCUUGCUUAUGGCCAAUGCGUCCCAGCUCAAAGCCGUCAUGGAACAAGGACCUUCCUUCUCAUUCUAUGUUCCACUAAUUGCCCUGAUCAGCAUCUCGCUUAUACUGCAGAUUGCAGUAGGCGUGCUUCUAAUAUUCCUCGUCAAGUAUGACCUUAAUAAUCCUGCAAAACAUGCCAAGUUGGAUUUCCUCAAUAAUGUUACAACUGGACUGGUGUUUAUUAUAGUAGUUGUGAAUGUCUUUAUUACUGCCUUUGGAGUUCAGAAGCCAUCGAAUUCAAAACUGUAGACUGAAAAAAGAGACCUCAGCUUUUAAAUGUCGUAGGUAGUUUAUGGACUUGAGCCAGUAUCUCUUGGAUGGAAAACACGAAGAACCUGAACAUGAACAACAAUUUUUCUCUUUCAGUUGAACUAUUUCUCCAGAGACUGUUAUCCCAUGACUCCAUCUGCAGCUCAGAAUUCCUCACUUUCUGUGCCUAAUGUUGAACAGAGAAAGAUGAAAUUUCUGCACUUGAAAGAAUGGGCUUCACGUAGGAGUACAAAGACAAUUGAAAAUUCUGCACUAAAGUAGGGCAAAUUUGUCUUGCAAAACCCAAGUCUGUGAUCCCAAUAUUUAAUGCAAAUUAAAGAAUUUAUGUAUUUGUUCUUUAUUUACAUAA